GUAAUUGAUUCACUUCCAGUUAUCAAGCGCUUCCCUCCGCUGCAUGGCCUGUCUGGUCCUGCACUACGGUCGCUGUGUUGUGACGGUGUGCAAGCCGCGCUGAGCAAGCAAGACAUGGUAGUCUCUAGAGUGUCCGGUAAAAAAUACUGAUUUAUUUCAGAAGAAUUUACAAACGUGCUACAAUCUACAAGCCAGCGUAAUUUACGCAUUACCACCAAUGCGAACCCCAUACAGCGACUGGUGUUUUUUCUAGGCUGCACUUUCUAGCGGACCAGGGUACUUUGGAAAUUGCUGGCUCAAAUUCGCACCCGCUGUCCCUCCCCCUCCAUUGGAUUUUCACCGGCCCCCACCAACUUUUCUGUUUUUCUUGCACGUACCUUGGCCCAAACUUUUUUGUGCACUGAUCUUGAAAAAUCACGUCCUGCAGACGACUCGGAGACUCUACAGCAUCUUACGGCUCCCAAAACCCGUUCAUAAAUUCAGGGCAUUUCGCUUGCCUCGACGCGUUUUGGUCCUAUUGCUGCAACAAGCAAGGGCUUCCCCUCCCCCACCUUGACAAACCACCUCAAAAGGGCGGGUUUGCGCGCCCCUCUCGACUUUUCCUGGACGCCGCCUCCAAACCAACAGUUUCAGCGCUUGGCCACUAGGCUGGAAGUUGCGUCUUAACCCGAACGCUACCUCGACAAAAUCACUUAUAGCAGACUCUUAUUCAAAGACAACGCUCGACCAUGUCUGUCCUCUCGGCAGAAAUCCAUGCGGAGCUCUCCCGUCUCCUCCUGGGUCUGCAGUCCGCCGAUAAUGGCGUUCGCUCCCAAGCGGAAGAGCAUUUGCAAAACAACUGGACAAGCACACGGCCUGAAGUCCUUCUCAUGGGCCUUGCUGAACAGAUUCAAGUUGGCGGAGACAGUGCGACUCGAUCUUAUGCCGCCGUCAUCUUCAGACGCAUCGCCUCGAAGGCACGAAAGCUCGACAACGGAGAGACCUCUGAUCUGUUCCUGUCCAUCGCCAAAGACCAGGCUGUCGUAAUUCGCCAGAAGCUUCUCGAAACGCUUGGAUCGGAAACAGAGCGAUCUAUUCGUAACAAGAUUGGCGACGCCGUAGCCGAAGUCGCUCGACAGUAUACAGAAAAUAAGGAAGACUGGCCUGAGCUCCUUCAGGCUCUUUUCCAGCUUGCUCAAGCUCCCGAACCCGACAAGAGAGAGAACUCGUACCGCAUCUUUGCUACGACCCCCGGUAUUAUUAGCACCAAGCAAGACGAGGCUAUCAUCCAAGUCUUCCAAAAGGGAUUCCGCGAUGACUCUGUCAAGGUUCGCCUUGCGGCUAUGGAUGCUUUUGCUUCGUUCUACGGGCCUCUCAGCACCAAAACCCAAGCCAAGUUCUAUCAACUUAUCCCCGAUGUUCUCAACAUCUUGCCUCCCAUCAAGGAAUCCGGAGACUCUGACGACUUGAGUCAAGCUCUUGUUGCUUUAAUUGACAUCGCUGAAUACGGUGCCAAGAUGUUCCGACCUCUCUUCUCUAACCUCGUCCAGUUCUGCGUUUCGGUUAUCCAGGACAAGAACCUAGAAGAUAUUGCCCGACAGAACGCUCUCGAGCUCAUGGCCACCUUUGCCGACAAAGCUCCUUCUAUGUGCAAGAAGGACGCCUCGUACACCAACGAUAUGAUUACUCAGUGUCUGAGCCUUAUGACUGACAUUGGUGCCGACGACGACGAUGCCAGCGAAUGGCUAGAGUCUGAUGACCUCGAUCAAGACGAAAGCAACCAAAAUCACGUUGCGGGUGAGCAGACUAUGGAUCGCCUGGCCAACAAGUUGACUGGUCAAACCAUUUUGGCACCUACAUUCAACUGGCUACCCCAGAUGAUGCAAUCCACUGAGUGGAGAGAUAGACAUGCUGCUCUCAUGGCCAUCUCGGCCAUUUCCGAGGGCUGUCGUGAUCAGAUGGUCCAAGAACUAAACCAGGUUUUGGACCUUGUUAUCCCUGCUCUGCAGCACUCUCACCCUCGUGUUCGCUGGGCUGGCUGCAAUGCUCUGGGUCAAAUGAGCACUGAUUUUGCACCCAACAUGCAGACGGAAUACUAUGACCGCAUCCUCAAGGCUAUUAUCCCCGUCCUUGAUUCCCCCGAAGCCCGAGUCAAGUCGCACGCUGCUGCUGCGCUCGUCAACUUCUGCGAAGAGGCUGAUAAGGCCAUCCUCGAGCCAUACCUUGACGAUUUGCUUACCCGUCUUUACCACGUCCUGCAGAGCGAUAAGCGCUACGUUCAGGAGCAGGCACUAUCCACCAUCGCUACUAUUGCCGAUGCCGCUGAAGCUGCCUUCUCGAAAUAUUAUGAUACACUGAUGCCUCUCCUGGUCAAUGUUUUGCAAAACCAGAGCGAGAAGGAGUACCGUCUUCUGCGCGCCAAGGCAAUGGAAUGUGCCACUCUCAUUGCCAUUGCUGUUGGUAAGGAACGUCUUGGACAGGAUGCCAUGACUCUUGUCAACCUGCUUGCGAACAUUCAAACUGGAAUCACCGAUGCGGAUGACCCUCAAGCCCAGUAUCUCAUGCACUGCUGGGGUAGAAUGUGCCGCGUUUUGGGCUCCGACUUUGUUCCAUUCCUCGAGAGUGUCAUGCCCCCUCUUCUUGAGGUUGCCAUGGCUAAGGCUGACAUCCAGCUCUUGGAGGAUGAUAGCCAAGCAGAGAGCAUGCAGGAGAAGGAGGGAUGGGAUUUCGUUGAAAUUCGAGGCAAGCUCCUCGGUAUCCGAACUAGCAUUUUGGAAGACAAGAAUAUGGCUAUUGAGCUGCUUGUCGUCUACGCACAGGUUCUUGAGGGUGCCUUCGCUCCUUUUGUUGCUAACAUCAUGGAGAAGAUUGCCCUUCCUGGCUUAGCCUUUUUCCUUCAUGACCCCGUCCGACACAUGUCUGCGAGACUUGUUCCUCAGCUGCUCAACUCUUAUAAGAAGGCGUAUGGUGUUGGCUCGCCAGAGCUCACGGGUCUCUGGAACGCGACUGCUGAAAAGGUGAUUGAGGUUUUGAGCCCCGAGCCUGUUAUUGAGACACUCGCCGAGAUGUACCAGUGCUUCUACGAGUCCGUUGAGGUUGUUGGCAAAAACUGCCUCACUGCGGAGCAAAUGAACAGCAUUAUGGACGCUGUUCAGGGAACCAUCGAGGAUUACAAGGGCCGUGUUGUUGAGCGCGCCCAACUAGCUGCCGGAGCUACUGCCGAGGACCUCGAGGACACCGCCGAAGACACUCUUAUCGAAAUCGAAGAAGACCAGACGUUGCUCGCAGAUAUGAACAAGGCGUUCCAUGCGAUUUUCAAGAGCCACGGAUCUUCCUUCUUGCCCGCUUGGGAGCGCUUGAUGACCACGUAUCAGAGCUUCCUCAGCUCUCAGGAUCCCACCCAACGCCAGUGGGGACUUUGCAUUAUGGAUGAUGUCCUUGAAUACUGUGGUGCGGAUAGCGUGCGAUAUGCGUCCUACAUUUCUCAACCACUGAUUGACGGCUGUCAGAGUGACUCGGCGGCCAUCCGCCAAGCUGCCGCAUACGGUAUUGGUGUCGCUGCUCACCAUGGUGGUGCACCUUGGGCUCAGUUCCUUGGAAACGCCCUCCCUGUCUUGUUGCAAGUUACACAGGUCCCUGACGCAAGAAAUGAAGACAAUGUCUAUGCGACGGAGAAUGCUUGCGCUGCCAUUGCCAAGAUUUUGCACUUUAACAACUCGAGCGUUGGAGAUGCAACCGCUGUCAUUACUCAGUGGCUGAACACUCUUCCCGUCACAAACGACGAAGAGGCUGCACCGUAUGCAUAUGCGUAUCUUGCUGAGCUCAUCGACAAAAGCACUCCAGUUGUCCUGGAACAGGCUAGCAAGAUGUUUGUGCACAUUGCGCAGGCUCUCGCUGCUGAGGCCCUCGUCGGCCAGACUGCGACGCGGGUAGCGACUUCAACGAAGGCCAUGCUGUCCGCCGCCAAUGUUGACCCUGUGCCCUUGCUGCAACAAUUCCCCCAAGCUCAACAAGAAAUCAUCAUGCGUUACUUUAGCUAAACGACUCACAGUAGAGGGAUGUCGAGUCUGUUAACGAGCGCGUUAUACCUUGUGGAUAAAGAGAGUACCACGAACGGAACACGGGCGGCGAACAUGUUGUUUAGCGGGCUGCUCCAUGUUACGAGCGUGAUACAUAUAGCGGGAUAGUCUUUUUUUUUGUUUCUUCACGAAAGAUCUCUGCAAUAAUUGAAUUUUCUAACCUAUAGUUGGCACUUUGAUCCUAAUGUGCGUAGCUGGGCUGCCAAGAGGAAGCAAACAAGCAAUCGCAAGAAAAACCAGCGCCAGUCCACGGCAAUAGCAACACGAGGUGGUGAGGCGACGGUCACACAGUUAGUUAGACAAAACGCCGACUGGAUCCCAUGCUUGGGGGUCGGUUGGGUGGAAAAUAGGGUGAAUAGUAAUCACGUCUCAAGACCGCCGGCCCACGACCUACAGUACAACAGAACAGCAGACCGCACAGGGACAAGCACUGCCUAAGAGUGGGCGGAUAUGUGUGUAGUGCGUGUUGUAACUCGAGGUACGGAUGGUAGCGGGGCGCGCGCGUCAGUCAGCGGGGUGUUCUUCGGCAGGCAACA